CCAACCCCAAGGCGAGUGGUGUGCCCCAAACGAACUUUGUGGAGGCGAACCUCGACAGCUGCGGCUUGCUUUCCUUCGCUGUGCGUCUAGCUUCAGCGAGCAAGGAAGCGCGAAGGAGGCCGUGCUCGGGACAGAUUGUCGAGCAGUGCCGACCCUUAUUCGCAUAGCUCAAGCGUGCUCGAGCCUACGAUGAGCUCGCACGAGCAUACAAAAGUCAACGGCGACCAGUCCACGCGCUCGUUGCCCGCCAGCAUGAGCAGAGACGACAUUGCCGGUGCUGAAGAGGAAGCGCAAUUCCGUCAGGCCCAUGCGAAAGUGCAGCACUUUGUCGGCGGCAACUCGCUCGAUGUGUCCACGCCCUCACGUGUGGCCGACUUUGUUCGCUCGAGGGGCGGUCACACGGUCAUCACGAAGGUCCUGAUCGCUAACAAUGGCAUCGCUGCCGUCAAGGAGAUCCGCUCCGUCCGCAAAUGGGCCUACGAGACUUUCGGCACCGAGCGGGCUAUCGAAUUCACCGUCAUGGCUACACCGGAAGAUCUCAAGGUCAACGCAGACUAUAUCCGCAUGGCAGACCAGUACGUCGAAGUGCCCGGCGGAUCCAACAACAACAAUUAUGCCAACGUAGACGUCAUCCUCGACGUCGCAGAGCGUACGGGAGUGCACGCUGUCUGGGCCGGCUGGGGUCAUGCAAGCGAGAACCCUCGUCUGCCAGAAUCGCUUGCCGCCUCGAAGCACAAGAUCAUCUUCAUCGGCCCUCCUGGCUCUGCCAUGCGAUCCUUGGGCGACAAGAUCUCGUCCACCAUCGUCGCACAGUCUGCCGAUGUGCCCUGCAUGCCCUGGUCGGGCACGGGUAUUUCGGAUACUCAAAUGUCCAGUCAAGGAUUCGUUGAGGUGCCAGAGGAUGCCUACCUACGCGCUUGUGCCCAAGAUGGCCAAGACGGUCUGGUACGUGCCGAGAAGAUCGGCUGGCCCGUCAUGAUCAAGGCGAGCGAGGGCGGUGGCGGAAAAGGCAUCCGCAAGGUCGACUCGCCCCAGGGAUUCAUGCAGGCCUUCAAGGCAGUCCAAGGCGAAGUACCAGGAUCGCCCAUCUUUAUCAUGAAACUCGCAGGCAGCGCGCGGCAUCUCGAGGUGCAAGUCCUCGCGGAUCAGUAUGGCAACGCCAUCUCGCUCUUUGGCCGUGACUGCUCGGUGCAACGCCGUCAUCAGAAGAUCAUCGAAGAGGCUCCUGUCACCAUUGCUAGCGCGAGCACAUUCGAACAAAUGGAGAAGAGCGCUGUCAGACUCGCCAAGCUGGUCGGAUACGUCAGCGCCGGAACGACAGAGUUCCUGUACGAAGCAGCGACUGACAAGUUCCACUUCCUCGAGCUCAACCCUCGUCUUCAGGUCGAGCAUCCUACGACGGAGAUGGUCAGUGGCGUCAAUCUGCCUGCCGCUCAGCUCCAGAUUGCCAUGGGCAUACCGCUGCAUCGCAUUCGCGACAUUCGCACGCUGUACGGCAAAUCUCCCCACGGCAAGAGCAAGAUCGACUUUGAUUUCGAAGAUCCAGCUUCUGCGCAGACCCAGCGCAAGCCAUCGGCAAAGGGACACGUUGUCGCUGUCCGAAUCACUGCAGAGAAUCCAGAUGCUGGCUUCAAGCCCUCCAGUGGCACUCUGCAAGAACUCAACUUCAGAUCGAACACGAAUGUCUGGGGCUACUUCUCUGUCGCUGCUGCCGGUGGUCUGCACGAAUAUGCAGAUUCGCAAUUCGGUCACAUCUUUGCCUACGGUGCCGACCGAAGCGAGUCCAGAAAGAACAUGGUCGUAGCCCUGAAGGAGCUCUCCAUCAGAGGUGACUUCAUGACGACGGUGCAAUAUCUCAUCAAGCUGCUCGAAACCGAAGCCUUCGAGUCGAAUACCAUCACGACGGGCUGGCUCGACGAUCUCAUUAGCAACAAGCUUACCGCCGAGCGACCCGACGAGACGCUCGCAGUCAUCUGCGGCGGUGUGGCAAAGGCGCACAUUGCUGCAGAAGCAUGCGCAGCAGAGUACAAGCGCAUCCUCGAUAAAGGUCAAGUGCCUGGUCGCGAUAUCCUCCAAACCGUUUUCUUGCUUGACUUCAUCUACGAGAACGUCAAAUACUCUGUCACCGCAGCUCGCUCGUCCAAGACAACGUGGACGCUCUAUUUGAAUGGCGGCAAGACGUCUGUUGGUGCCCGCUCACUCGCUGACGGUGGCCUGCUCGUGCUCCUCGAUGGCAAAUCACACGCCCUCUAUUGGCGUGAGGAAGUCGGCGCAUUGCGUCUCAUGGUUGACCACAAGACCUGCUUGAUCGAGUCAGAGAAUGACCCUACGCAGCUUCGCAGCCCUUCGCCGGGCAAGCUCAUCAGAUUCCUCGUCGAAAGCGGCGAGCAUCUCAAGGCAGGCGACGCAUACGCCGAGAUCGAAGUCAUGAAGAUGUACAUGCCACUCGUGGCCGCUGAAGAUGGUGUUCCUCAAUUUGUCAAGCAGCCCGGCACGACGCUCGAACCUGGCGACAUCCUCGGCAUUCUGACACUUGACGAUCCGAGCCGUGUCCAUCAUGCAAAGCCUUUCUCGGGCCAGCUUCAGCCAAUGGGCUUGCCUUCAAUCGUAGGCAACAAGCCUCACCAGCGCUUCGCGCAACUUUCCGAGCUCUUCCACAAUAUCCUGGCAGGAUACGACAAUGCUGCAGUCAUGCACUCUUCUCUCAAGGAGCUCAUUGCCGUCUUGCGUGAUCCCGAGCUGCCCUAUGGCGAAGCAAGCGCAGUCUUGUCCGCCAUGUCUGGUCGUAUGCCAGCUGCCCUCGAAGCGACGGUUCGCUCGACGCUGGACGCUGCACACGCGAAGCAAGGCGAGUUUCCAGCCAAUCGCCUGCGUCGUGGUGUCGAGAGCUACAUCUCUGCUUCCAUUCGACCCCAAGAUCUGGUCGUCUUUCGCGCCAGCAUCAGUCCACUCACCGACAUCAUCGAUCGACACAGUGGUGGUCUCAAGCAGCACGAAUGGAAGACGAUGGCCUCCCUUUUGCAAGAGUAUGUCGAUGUGGAGAAGCUAUUCUGUAAUGGAGGCGAAGAUGUCAUCCUGGCGCUACGAGACGCAAAUCGCGACGAUCUGCAGAAGGUCGUCGAUCUUCAGCUGUCGCAUCAGAAAGCGAGCAGCAAGAGCCAAUUUGUUCUCGCUCUGCUCGAUCUCAUUCAGAACACGGCCUCAACUGUUGCCGUCGAGUCUCACUUUGGCGGCGUUCUGCGUGAGCUUGCAGAUCUUGACAGCAAGCAGACUAGCAAGGUUGCCCUUAAAGCACGCGAGGUGCUCAUUCACUGCCAGUUGCCUUCACUGCAGGAGCGUAUGGGCCAGAUGGAGAACAUCCUGCGCGCUUCGAUCACGCAGACUUAUUAUGGCGAAGCAUCGCCCGAUCUGCAGCCUUCACUUGAAGUCUUGCGAGAGCUCAUUGACUCGCGGCACACUGUCUAUGACGUCUUGCCGACCUUCUUCGAUAAUCCGAACAAGUGGAUCUCUGUCGCGGCACUUGAAGUCUACGUUCGUCGAGCUUACCGAGCAUACAACGUCGUUCAUAUUGACCACGAGCUCGGCGACUCGCUCGAAGACGACCCUCUUGCCGUAUUGUGGACAUUCAAGCUCUCAAAGGCAAGCUCAGCGCCCGCAAGUCCUCACUUCGGCGGUCGCAUGGACGAUAGCCGCGUUCGUCAAGCAUCGUUCUCAGACUUGAGCUACGUUCUCGCAAGAGGACAAGUCGAGCCGCUCCGACAUGGGGUCAUGUAUGCCGCGACAAGUCUGACUGACGUAGUGCGUUACCUUCCCGGUGCUCUCGAUCUUCUGCCAUCAGCGGGACUAGGUGAAUUGCAGCCGAACGGUCAACAGGAAUCCGAUCGUGGCAACGUCAUCAACAUUGCGCUUACGCUCAGCAAGUCCUCCUCAGAGGAUCGCAGCGAUGACGAGUGGCGCGCUACUUUCAACCGCAUCGCAAACGAGGCUGCCGACCAGCUGCAGCGACGCUCCCUCAGGCGAGUCACAUUCGCAAUCUGCAGACAAGGCCAAUACCCCUCAUACUUUACCAUGCGUGCAUCCGAGUCUGGCGAAUGGCAAGAACUUGGCGCGAUCCGUGACAUCGAGCCCGCAUUGGCUUACCAGCUCGAGCUCAAUCGUCUCUCUAACUUCAACAUUACUCCCUGCCAUGUCGAGAACAGACAGAUCCAUAUCUAUCACGCCGUCGGCAAGGAAAACCCUGCAGAUUCUCGCUUCUUUGUCAAGGCUCUGGUCCGACCCGGUCGUCUUCGCGGAACGAUGCGUACGGCAGACUAUUUGAUUGCUGAGUGCGACCGUCUGAUCAGCGACAUCUUAAAUACGCUCGAGGUUGUCAGCGCUUCACACCGUACGACAGACGUCAACCAUGUUUCGCUCAACUUUGUCUACUCGCUGCAGGUCGAAUUCGAGGAGGUGCAAGCUGCGCUCGCCGGCUUCAUCGACCGUCACGGCAAGCGUCUCUGGCGACUUCGUGUGACUAGCUCGGAGAUCCGUAUGAUCCUCGAAGACGCAGCUGGCAACACGCAGCCAAUUCGAGCAAUCAUCGAGAACGUCUCUGGCUUCGUCGUCAAGUAUGAGGCUUAUCGAGAGGUCACGACCGAAAAGGGUAGCGCAAUCCUUAAGUCCAUCGGACCUGCUGGCGCGCUGCACUUGCAGCCAGUCAACUACCCUUAUCCAACCAAGGAAUGGCUUCAGCCUCGUCGUUACAAGGCACAUGUCGUUGGUACGACAUAUGCCUACGACUUCCCUGACCUCUUCCGUCAAGCUUUGCGUCGCGAAUGGAAGGAUGCGGUCGACAAUGGCAAGGGGAUUCACGCACCCAGCGACCCGCUUAAGACGCGCGAACUGGUCAUCGACGAAUUUGGCGUACCCCAGGCGGUCGAACGUCCUCCCGGCAGCAACAUCAUCGGUAUGGUCGGCUGGAUGUUCUCAAUGCUUACGCCAGAGUACCCCAAUGGACGAGACGUCGUCGUCAUCGCGAAUGACAUCACUCACCGGAUCGGUUCCUUCGGUCCGGCCGAAGACGACUACUUCAAUGCAGUGACGCGACUUGCUCGCGAAAAGGGUCUGCCCCGCAUCUAUCUGUCUGCCAACUCGGGCGCACGAUUGGGCAUCGCAGACGAGAUCGUGGAUCUCUUCAGCGCUGCCUGGCACGAUGCUGGCCAGCCAGCCAAAGGUUUCAAGUAUCUGUACUUGACGCCAGAGCGACAAGGCGAGCUCAACGCAAAGGGCUCAAGCGACAGUGUCGUGACCGAGAAGAUCGAAGACGAGAGCGAAACGCGUUAUCGCAUCAAAGCCAUCAUCGGUGCUCAACAAGGCCUUGGUGUCGAGUCUCUCAAAGGGUCAGGCUUGAUCGCUGGCGAGACUUCGCGUGCCUACGAUGACAUAUUCACGAUCACGCUCGUGACAUGCCGAAGCGUAGGAAUUGGUGCGUAUCUCGUCCGUCUCGGGCAGAGAGCCGUGCAAGUCGAAGGCCAACCUAUCAUCUUGACCGGAGCCAAUGCACUCAACAAGGUGCUCGGUCGCGAGGUUUAUUCGUCAAACCUUCAGCUCGGCGGAACACAGAUCAUGUACAAGAAUGGCGUUUCCCAUCUUACCGCAGCAAACGAUCUCGAAGGCGUGCUGGCGGUUACGAGAUGGCUCUCAUAUGUGCCGUGUCGACGAGGCGAGGUCCCACCUAGCUUCCCCACUGCCGACAGCUGGGACAGACCGGUCGAAUACACGCCGCCCAAGGGAGCUUACAACCCUCGCUGGUUCAUCAGUGGCAAGGCUGACGAUGAGACGGGCAAGUGGCUUCCCGGUUUCUUCGACAAAGGCUCGUUCCAGGAGACGCUCUCUGGCUGGGCGCAGACGGUCGUCAUUGGACGUGCACGACUCGGCGGCCUGCCAAUGGGUGUCAUCGCGGUCGAGACGCGCACGAUCGAACGGGUCGUGCCGGCAGACCCUGCCAACCCAACCUCGCAAGAGCAGCGAAUCAUGGAAGCUGGACAGGUCUGGUACCCCAAUUCGGCUCACAAGACAGCUCAAGCGAUUGCCGACUUUGAUCGCGAAGGGAUUCCGCUCAUCAUCUUUGCCAAUUGGCGUGGCUUCUCUGGCGGUCAGCAAGACAUGUUCGACGAGGUCCUCAAGCGAGGAUCGCUCAUUGUCGACGGUCUGUCAUCGUACAAAUCGCCUGCAUUCGUUUACAUCGUGCCUAACGGCGAGCUUCGCGGCGGUGCUUGGGUCGUGCUCGACCCUUCGAUCAACGACAAGGGCAUGAUGGAGAUGUACGCCGACAAAACGUCGAGAGCAGGUGUGCUGGAACCGGAAGGCAUCGUCGAGAUCAAGUUCCGCAAGGACAAGAUUCUUUCGCUUAUGGAACGACUUGAUCCGACUUACAAAGAUCUCAAACAAAAAGCGAAUGCCGCCGGCUCAGACGUGACGGCUGUCAAGGCCGAGCUGUCGGAGCGCGAGAAGCUGCUGAUGCCGACAUUCAGUCAGCUGGCGCUUUCGUUCGCAGACCUCCAUGACCGCUCAGAGCGCAUGAAGGCCAAGGGCACGAUCCGCGAAGAACUCGAAUGGCAGAACAGCAGGCGAUUCUUCUACUGGCGUUUGCGGCGCAGACUGGCGGAAGAGUCUUUCUUGCUCCAGCUGGCUCGAGCAGACGUCUUGCUGUCUCGUCAGGCUCGACUAGCCGCCCUGAGCACACUGGUGGCGAGCCUCGAGGUCAACGUCGACGACGAUCGCGCGGUCGCAACGGGACUCGAGUCCAGUACGAACGCGAAGUCUCAAGUGACUCAGCAGACGGCCAAUCAAGCUGCUGCGACUGUACUCGCCCGUUACGCGUCGGACUCGCCGGAAGCCUUGACGUCUGCGGUCAAGGAGCUCCUCGCAAGCACGCCUAGCAUGCGCUCGACGCUGCAGGCACUCAUUGACGAAGCUGUGUGAUGAUGAUACAAUACAGUGUGAUGUACAGCUACGAGCAUGCAUGCCU